AUGCUAAACCAUAUGGAAGAAAAAUUCUCACAGAAAAUCCAAAACCUCGAGACACAGAUAAAACGACUUACAAAUUGUCCUCAAGGCUGGAAUAAGCAUGACAAAUCAUGUUAUAAGUUAAACAAACGGAAAUUAACACGGACAGUUGAAAAUCAAUUCUGCAGAAACCUGUCUGCGAGAUUAGCUGAAAUUGGCACGAAGAGUGAAAACGACUUUAUAAACAAUAUUAUCACAAAUAACUCCGGCACAGACCGAGCUUGGUUAGGCGGUGUAGAUAUGGGAAAAGAAGGCACAUGGAUAUGGAGUUUCUCGGAGAUACCACUGAAAUUUCAAAACUGGGACCAGGGUGAAUCCAAUGAUGGCGAUGGAAACGAAGACUGUUUAGAAAUAUUGGGAACAAAAUAUGGACGCUGGAAUGACAAUGUAUGCUUAAAUUAAAUAGAGUCUGUCUGCGAAAAAGAUUUGUAGUGUUGUACAGGGGUACAUGUUCAUGUCGUGUGUGUGUCUGAUAGGGAAUAUGGUUAAAACCUGUAUCACCUGCUAUAUUUUCAAAUUCCUUUCCUUAAAAUGCAGAAAGGAAAGGUCCGUCUAUCACUGCCCUUGACUUCACUUUGUUCUAUAUCAACUAUGAGAGAUUAAUUGAGGCUUUGCUUUAAUAUGACAAAAAUACAUUACUUGAAAAUCGAGAGGAGAGGGCACUUGGUGGAUAGAAUAAUCAUUACUCCUGUUAAAUUUUGGAUUAUGAGGUAAUGGAGGAUAUUUGUAACAGCUAUAGUAUACAGUACCCCAAACAAGAAAAUGUGCUUCAUAUUUUUUAUGCAGGAAUUGUUAGUUAUAUGCCAUGAUUUCAACAGUAUCGUUUAAAGUAUGCUUUUCGCAAAUUUUCCGAUCGUUAUAACAAUCUAGUUUGCCGAUACAACUUUUGAUUAGGUCAAAUCCUCCCUGACAUGUUUGUACCAAUUUUAAGGCCGUUGUUGAUUUUGACAAUGGAUUCCUCCGUUUACCUGAUCAAGACUUAAUGUUCAUGGUAGAUGUGACCGGUCGACAGUGGAUGCUUACUCCUCCUAGGCACCCGAUCCCAGCUCUUAUAUAUCCAGAAGUCUGUGUUUGCCCAACUCUUAUUUUAUAUAAAUACUUUUAACGAUACUAUGGUAAGUAUCUAUUAAUUGGUAUUUAGUGGAAUGGGCAGGUAAAAAAACCUGCUUGGUACUUAUAGAACUAAUUAAUUUUAUGAAAAUAAUUAUAGGUAUGCUUAAAGAUAACUCGUUCAAUAAAUUUUCUAACGCAGUUUAAAAGUGAGGCUGAUCUGUAGUUGGACGCUAUAGAUGGAUUUUUUUAAAGACUGGUAAUACAUGAGCCACUUUCCAACGAUUUUGGAAAAUAAUUUCGGAAUGAGAUAUGUUGAAUGAUAUACCUAGUGUUUUAGUUACAGAUUUCGCUGUAUGUUUCAGCAUUUAUAUACAACCAGUACUCAUUGUUUUAUUUAUUGAAAUAUUACAGAGAACGUCUAAGAUAUCUUGUUCAUUGACAAUAAUAUGACCAUGCGUAUCAUUGCACAAGUACUUAUCAGGUAAUUUCACACAUGUGACAUUCAUAUUUGAAAUAGAACAGAUAUACUCGUUAAAUACAUUAAAUUUUUCUAAAUCGCUAAAUAUAAAUUUGCUAUCAUUGUCCUCGGAUAUGAAAGGUGAAGAUAACGAUCCACUUUGAAUAGGUGGAAUUUCAGUUGAUGUUUUUAUAUGAAAUGCCUCUUUCAAAAGUUUCCAGUAUAGUUAUGUCUCUCCUUCCCAGAAGGGGAACAUGUAGUUUUAGUGAAAGGUGAAGAUAACAAACAAUGAUUAUUCCCAUAACUCCUAGAAACAAUACAAAAUAGAGUUGGGCAAAGACGGACCCCUGGAUAAACC